UUUGCAAGUUUUGAACGAAUAGUCCUUCAAAUACGGGUGUUAAGUGUUAACUAUACAAAAAAAAAAUGUGAAAAAUCGAAAUUUUUAUUUGCAACUUAAAAGGACGAAAAUACCCACAAAGAACUUUAAAUCACAUAAAACUAGCCACAAAAUUAUAUCAUAUGCGCAAAGAAACAAGAGAGGGAAGAGAAGAGAGACAAAAAGAAAAGAUCAAAACUUUUUCUUCAAAAGAAGCAAAGCAACUAUCUGAAUCUGAAGAUGGGGAAGAAGAACUGUGAGCUAUGUGACGGUGUAGCGAGGAUGUUCUGCGAGUCAGACCAGGCGAGCUUAUGCUGGAACUGCGACGGAAAGGUUCACGGAGCUAACUUUCUGGUGGCUAAGCACACGCGCUGUCUUCUUUGCAGCGUGUGUCAAUCUCCGACGCCUUGGAAAGCCUCGGGUCUUCGUUUCGGUCCAACGGUUUCAGUAUGCGAGUCCUGUCUAGCUCGUAAGAACAAGACUCUGAAUCUGAAGAAAGAGAUUAGUAGUAAUGAUAAUCAUAAUGAUGAUGAUGAUGAUUGUGAGGAAGGUGACGAAGAAGAAGCGGAGAAUCAGGUGGUGCCAGGGGAUGUGGCUCCGGUGAUGAGUUCAUCGUCUUCCGUUAGCAGCGGAGAGGAAAGUGUCUCUGGCGAUGGAGGUCUGGUGGUUAAAAGAACGCGAGGGGGUCUGGAUCUUGACUGCUUCGAUGGCUGUGAUACGUCAUCGACGUCAUCAUCGUCUACUCUGGUUUUAAUAACCGCUAAGAAAAGGAGAUAUCUCAGCCGUUGAUUCUCUGCUUAGUUCAUAUUAGAUUAAUCUCUGCCGUUCAUUGCCAACAAUAUCUCUUUUAGUGAGUUGAGUUAGAGUAUGUUUAAUGGGGGGUUCUUGGACCAUGAUUAAUCCGAAAUCUUAGGGUGGAGUUUUUAGCUUCGGUUAAGAAAUGUUUCUUAGCUUUUAACCAGGAAAAGCUAAGAACCGUCUCUUAAAUAAGAGAUAUAAGAGAUAGUUCUAAGCCGAAAAGUGUAAAAAACAAAAAAAAAUGUUAAAUUAUGAGUUAAAAAUCUAAGAAUCCGGGUUAAUCAUGCUUUUAUGGA